CAGACUACGAUCUCAGGAUUCUACCAAUUUGUAUAACGUUCAAGAAGUCUCUAGAAUGGCUUCUAAUAAUUGGAAAACUCAACCCCCUUUAGUCAAACAGUUCUUUUACGCUCUUUCUAAAUUGGCUCUACGACGUCAUAAAGAAACUUACCCUGACUACGUUUACAGGCCCAAGGGAAAACAAAAUAAGAAAAACGACUGGCUGUUUAUAGAAGUGGAUACAGAGAAAUUUAAACAAUGUAAAAUUGACGAGAAUAUUACCAAGGAAAAUCAAGAAGAAAAAGGAGUCAGCAAUCAGUUGACCGACUCUGCCCGACUAGACGAAUAUGAGCAGCCCCAGGUAUCGGAUGGAUAUAACUGUGUGUCAAUGGAGCCUCAAGUAUCGAAUGAAUACGCUUUACCAAAUAACUAUUUUCAAUUAAACGACCAAUUCCAAGCAUCUGAUGAAUAUUCUCUCCCGGACGAAUAUGAACCUGUAGAUGAGUAUUUUCUAGUUCAAGUCAACGAAUGCAUCCCACUGGCUAGAAGACAUGAAUCGAAUGAGUAUGAUGAAUUGAUCGGAUACAUUGAUAGACAGCAACACGAUUCACUUGUUGAGACGAGUGAAAGCUUUCGCACGAUUUGGUACAGGAUACAAAAUGACGUAUAUUACGGCAACGUUCAGUCUGAUGACAGCAAUCCAGUAAGCAGUGGUGUAACUGAUAUUAACUAUGCGUGUAGUCCCGCUCCUAUAUGCCAUGGUGACAGCGAUACGUCAGAGGGUGAUUUUACUGGUGAAAAUUUGCUGACAGUCCCACCGUUUUAUACUAACGAUAGUAUUUAA